AUGGCAUCUCCGAUAAUAGAGCUCCAUCAUGGAGUGGGAGAACAAGCAGGAGAAGACCAUCCACCACAUCACCCAUCUCCACCCCUUGAAGCUCACCGAUCUGCGCGGAGACGAAGCGAAGCCCGUCUGCCACGCGUGCCGCCAUCCUUGCGCCGCCUCGGCCUACCGGUGCGAGCGGUGCCGCUACGUUCUCGACCCGACCUGCGCUCGGCUGCCGCAAGUCCUCCGCCACCCCACCCCGCCCAUCCCUCCCACCCGCUCACCCUCCAUCUCUUGCCGGCGUACUCCACCGGUGCCUUCCUUUGCAACGCGUGCGGCCAGAACGGAGCCGCCUUCUGCUUCCACUGCGCUCGCUGUCAGUUCGACCGACACCUCCCCUGCGACGGUCUCGCAGAGAAGCUGAGCCACCCGUCCCAUCCCCACCCGGUGACGCUGGUCCACCAGGAUCCCACCAGUGGGCGGGGCUACUUGUGCGACCUGUGCCGAGGCGCUUUCGACGCCUCGUCUCAGUGGCUUUACAUCUGCAGGGCUUGCGAUUUCGGCGGCCACAUCAGCUGCUUCGUGUCGGGGACGAAGCCCGCGGAACAGGCCACCGCUGCCCAACGACAGAUCGAUCCGGCGGCGGCGCUGUCCGGGAUGCAGCAGAAGCUGAUGGCUCAGAUGUUCAUGGCAGACACGAUGGCGCAGACGGGGAGGAACGCGGUGGCGUUGACGGGAGGACCUCGAGAGUACGUUUACUAUAAUUCGGCGCUGCUACCGAGCCAGUACGCUGGCAUGGCCGAUUCAAUGGUGAUGAACAAUCUGGCGUUGUUAUCUCUGAACGAUCAGAAGACUGGUGAUGGUGGUGGUGGUCCGGCUGGUGGAGAUGUGGCAAGUUCUGCUGGGAAUACAUCCACUCUGUCAUAGGAGUCACACCGGAGAGAAGAGAGUUCGCCUCCUGUGUCCCGUUGAUGCUAUGUAGUAGUUAAACAUCAAGAACUCAUUGACGGCCUUGUUUAGGCAUGCCAAAUCUAUCGAAAUAAAAGGUUUUCCAGUUA